ACGAUCACCGAAACUAUCGCCAAACUUGUGCCAAACUCAUCAUAUAUGGAUACAGAUCGAGAUAUUGGGGCGAUAACUUUUCGGGCUGGGCAGCCAGCAAACACCAUCAUCUACUACUUCUAGCUUGGCUAGCCGGAGACUUCUCGCUCUCUUGCCCUUAUCAGUUUAUCGCACUACCUAGAUAUAAUUGAAAUCUACGUAGGAGUAUGUUUGGUAGGUAGCCAAUUGCUUCGAGAGUGGGGCAACGUCACCGGGACCUCCAUCGCAGCCGCAGCUAUUUAGCCUCGGGCAUACUGCUGCACUUUGCUGCUCGGAGUCGGCCGGGAGUCAUGGUGAUGGGGAGACCAGCGGCCGGGCGCCGUUUGCUGGCGAUCCUGCUCGCUCUGCACCUCCUGGUCGCCUUCUCCCAUGCGGCCCGCUUCACGAGGGGCUACAGAAUGAUGGGGGUGCACGCUCCAGCGUUUCGUGGUGAUAGUAAUUCGGCAAAGGACAAAGGGAGCAGCAACGAUGCGAUUGUAGAGGAGAUGCUCAGAAGGAUGGCUCUGCAUACGUCCGACUACCCUGGUCCUGGCCCAAACGAUCGUCACACUCCACCCAAGCCACCCGGGCCAUGAUGCGACGUCAGGUCAAGACCAUUACCUCCCUCUGGCGUCAUAUAUAUGUAUAGAU